AUGAUAUACACCUCAGUCCAACCAGUUGAGUACAUUAUACACACCAUCAACAGGUGGCAAUGGAACAACUAUCAAUAUUUAUUGGCUUUCCUCUUUGCCAUUGAGGAGAUCAACAAGAGCCCCAAUCUGCUUCCCAAUCUUUCUCUGGGAUAUGAUCUCUAUAAUGCAAUUCCCAGUUACCAAAGGACCUUGGAGAGUGCUCUGUUUUUGCUCUCUGCAGGGAAUCAGACCCUGCCCAACUACAACUGCCAGUCACAGAAACAAUCUCUUGCCAUCAUUGCAGGAAAUGUACCAACAUUUUCAGCCCAAAUUGGAACUCUUUUGGAGCUCUAUAAAAACCCACAGGUCACAUAUGGUCCUUUUGAUCCCAUCCUAAAUGAUAAAGACCAGUUUCCAUCAGUUUAUCAGAUGGCCACCAAAGACAGCUCUUUGGCACACGGGAUCAUUGGGUUAUUGCUGCAUUUUGGCUGGACGUGGGUGGCACUCUAUGUAUCCAGUGAUAUGCAUGGGGAGCAGUUCCUUCACGAUCUAAACACAAAGAUGACAGAAAAGGACAUCUGCGUGGCCUUUGCAGAAAGACUCCCUCCCACAGUAGGUAGCUAUACAGCACGUGAUUUUACUUUUUUGACUAGGAUCAGAAUUUCAUCUGCAAAUGUGUAUAUAAUACUUGGUGAUGAAGGGAGUGUUUGGAGCCUGGGAAUAGUAAAGGAAUUCUAUUUAAUCUUGGGAAAGGUGUGGAUCAUGAGAAAUCUCCAUCCAUAUCAGUGGGACGGUAUUUUGGCUACCAUGUUUAACAUGCCAUACUUUUUCCAUGGAAGCCUCUUAUUUUCAAACCAGAAAAGGAAAAUCUCUGGUUUCAAACAAUUUCUAAAGACAGUCAACCCUUCCCAAUAUCCAGAAGACUUUUACUUAACUAAAGUCUGGAUUUCAUUUUUUAAUUGCUCACUUGCUGGAUCACUAUGUGGGAAACUUCGAGAAUGCCCACCAAAUUCUUCUUUAGAGUUGAUGCCAUCUUAUAUGGACCUUAUGACUGUGUCUGACUCCAGCUAUUUUAUCUAUAAUGCUGUGUAUGUGGUGGCCCAAGUUCUUCAUAAGAUGCUUUUGCAGAAAAUAGAAAUGAGAUCUCCAGGAGAUGCAGACCAGCCUAUUCUUCUUCCCUGGCAGCUGCAUCCAUUUCUAAGGAAAAGCCAAUUAAUAAACAGCGCUGGGAAUAACAUGACACUUGAUGAAAAAAGGAAGUAUGUGACACAGUAUGAUAUCCAGAACCUUGUGAACUUUCCCAAUGACAGCUGGCUGCUGGUUAAAGUAGGAGACUUUUUCUACAAAACUCGCCAUGAUCAAGGCUUGGUUGUCAAUGAAGAAAUGAUAAAAUGGCCUGUUAGUUUCAAGAAGACGCCUGAAUCUGUGUGUAGCCAGAGCUGUGUUCCUGGAUUCCAGAAAAUUCACCAAGAAGGAAGACCAGUGUGCUGCUUUAUUUGUGUUUCUUGCACAGAUAGAGACAUUUCAAAUCAAACAGAUGCAGAACAGUGUAUUCAGUGCCCAGCUGAAGAGUAUCCAAACACUGAGAGGACUCACUGCCUCCCCAAGCCUGUGAUAUUCCUGGCUUUUGAGGAUUCUUUGGGGAUGGCUCUGGCCUGCAUGGCUCUGUGUUUCUCUGUGGCCACAGCUGCAGUUCUGGGGGUCUUUUUGAAGCACCAAGACACUCCCAUAGUCAAGGCCAAUAACCAGCCUCUCAGCUUCAUUUUGCUUAUCUCUCUCCUCCUAUGCUUCCUCUGCUCUCUGCUGUUCAUUGGCCACCCCAACACAGCUACCUGCAUCCUCCAGCAUGUCACAUUUGGUCUUGUGUUCACUGUGGCUGUCUCCACCAUUUUGGCCAAAACAAUCACCGUGAUUCUGGCAUUCAAGGCCAUGAAGCCUGGAAGAAUAAUGAGGCGCUUGCUGCUAUCAGGGGCUUCUAACUCUGUUGUUCCCAUUUGUUCCCUAAUCCAAGUGAUUAUCUGUGGAAUCUGGUUGGGAACCUCUCCCCCUUUUGUUGACAUAGACUCACACACUGAGCCCAGAAACCUCAUCAUCAUGUGCAACAAGGGCUCUGUCACUGCCUUCUACUGUGUCCUGGGAUACUUGGGGUUCUUGGCCUUGGGGAGCUUCACUGUGGCUUUCCAGGCCAGGAACCUGCCUGACACAUUCAAUGAAACCAGGUUCCUCACAUUCAGCAUGCUGGUGUUCUGCAGUGUCUGGGUCACCUUCCUCCCUGUCUACCACAGCACCAAGGGGAAGCUCAUGGUGGUCGUGGAAGUCUUCUCCAUCUUGGCUUCUAGUGCAGGGCUCCUAGGCUGCAUCUUUGCCCCCAAGUGCUUCAUCAUUCUGAUAAGACCUGACAAGAACUGCUCAAAAGGUUUAAGAAAACAUAAGGGGUUCUAG